CAUCGUUAACCCUUGGAACUUAAAACAAGCCUUUCGGCAGAGGUGUCCAAUCCUGUUAUACUUCUUCUGCUAGGAGGCAACUCACAAAACCCUAAUCAGUAAAUCUAUUCAUCGGAUAUUCAAUCGUUCGAUCAAUCGAUUAUCUGUCGAUCUACUUGGCUCGAUAACCAACUCUUAAUUAAGAUACACAAGAUUUGAAUUUGAAUUCAGCUUGGAGGAUGCCUCCGAAACAAUCGAAAGCGGAGGUAGCAAAGAAGCAGAAAGUAGUAGAAGACAAGACAUUUGGGCUUAAGAACAAGAACAAGAGCAAAAAUGUUCAAAAAUAUGUGCAGGCACUUCAGCUGAAUGCUGUACCCAAACCCGAUCCGUCCAAACUCGCUGCUAAGAAAAAGAAGGAUGAAGAGAAAGCUAGAGAGAAGGAAUUGAAUGAUUUGUUUAAGAUUGCUGUUGUUCAACCUAAAGUACCUCCUGGUGUGGAUCCAAAGUCUAUAUUGUGUGAGUUUUUCAAAGCUGGUCAAUGUGCAAAAGGUUUCAAAUGCAAGUUCUCUCAUGAUCUGAAUAUACAAAGGAAGGGUGAGAAGAUUGAUAUCUUCAGUGAUAAGCGUGAUGAAGACACAAUGGAGGAAUGGGAUCAAGAGAUGUUGGAAAAAGUUAUUGAAUCGAAAGGAAAAGAGUACAACCAGAAUAAACCAACUGACAUUGUUUGCAAACACUUUCUUGAUGCAGUGGAGAGAAAGCAAUAUGGUUGGUUUUGGGUUUGUCCAAAUGGUAAUAAAGAGUGUCAUUACAGACAUGCUCUCCCUCCUGGAUACAUCUUGAAGUCCCAAAUGAAGGCUCUUUUAGAAGAAGAAGCUAACAAGCUAGCUAUUGAGGAUGAGAUUGAAGAUCAGCGUGCAAAAGUGAAAACAACAACUCCAAUGACUACUGAUCUGUUUAUGGAUUGGAAGAAGAUGAAGAUGGAUGAAAAAGAAGCUGGAUUGGCUGCUCAAAGAGCAGAGAGGGCUAAGAAUGAUCGAAUGAGUGGGCGAGAGCUGUUUCUUUCUGAUGCUAGUUUGUUUGUGGAUGAUGCUGAGGCAUAUGAGAAGUACCACAGAGAAGAAGAACCUGAUAAUACCACUCAGAAGGCACAAGAUAACUCGUCGACAGGUGGACCUAGCACAUCAACAAGUGUCAUUGCUGUUUCAGAAGAAGGCAAUUCCCAGAUUCAUGAUGAUGAUGAUGAGGAUGAUGAUGAUGAUGAUGAUGAUCUGGAUAUGGAUGAGUUGAAUGAGCUUGAAGCAAGCUUGUCAAGAACAUCUAUCCAAAUCAGAGAGCCAGUGAAAUGAGAUUGCUUACCAUGUAACUUGAAGAGUGAGAGAGAGAGGUAAUAUUGUUUCAUCAUAUUGUAGAAUGCAAGUUUUGAAUUGGGUUUUCAU